GAAUCAUGACUUUUAACCUGUUGGUUCUAGGGCUACAGAGAUCCCAGCUGAUGAAGUCAUCUCUCUUCCUCUUCACUUUUUCUUAAAUACCAAGUACCCCAAUUACUUCUCUCUUGUGGCCAUCGGCUUGCUCUCACAGAAGAGAGAGAGAGAGAGAGAGAGAGAGAGAGACAUGGGACACCAUUCAUGCUGCAACAAGCAGAAGGUUAAGAGGGGGUUGUGGUCACCUGAAGAAGACGAGAAGCUCAUAAACUACAUCUCCACUUAUGGCCAUGGAUGCUGGAGCUCCGUUCCUAAGCAUGCAGGCCUUCAGAGAUGUGGAAAGAGCUGUAGACUGAGAUGGAUAAACUAUCUCAGACCUGACUUGAAGCGUGGCAGCUUCUCUCAGCAGGAAGCAGCUCUCAUCAUUGAACUCCACAGCAUUUUGGGCAACAGAUGGGCUCAAAUAGCCAAGCACCUCCCUGGAAGAACAGAUAAUGAAGUGAAGAACUUUUGGAAUUCAAGCAUCAAGAAGAAGCUCAUGUCUCAUGAUCAUCACCAUCACCACCACCAUCAUGUGAUCCACAAUCCUUAUGCUGCUGAUCAAGAAGGGUUUUUCUCUCUCCUUUCAAACCCUAGCCUGAUCUUAGCAUCUCCAGUACAGGACCAGGUUUAUUUCCCUACACCUAAUAGUACUACUGCUUCAACCCUACCUCAUGUGAUGCAAAAUCUUUGUCAAGGCAACUUUGAAUUCGAUCCGCCACAACAACAAGAAGUGCCCAAUUUCGGUUUUGAUCAUUUGGUCCAUUACCCACAUCAGAUCUCCCAUUUGUCAGGCAACAGCUUAGUUUCUUUGUAUGAUCAAGGUUUGUCUUUCGGACACCCGCUUCAUCAAAUCAUUGAUCCGAAUCAAGAAGAUCGACCUUUCCCAAGCGAAGGCGCUGAACACUACGCUGACAACGGAGAUAAUAAGUUCGUGGAUCCUGGUGAGAUUCUCCAACCUUAUGGUGAAUACUCACCGAUGGUACUGGCGAUGCCAAAGCUCUAUGAGAUCAUCGACGGUGGUUUCUGCAAUAUACCGGUUACGACUUCCUCUUCCUCUUCUUCACAAGAAAUGUUAUUAGACCCACUGGGCGCCAAAUUCUCAGCAUCAUCAUGCCUUCUUCUUCCAACAGUGUCUCCAUCGUCGUGUCAAGAAAUUUAUCCCCCGUACAUUCCUACUGUCAUCAAUCAAAUGGAGUGCAACAAUGCCAUUGAUGCAUCGGUGAUGUCGUCAUCUUCUUCAUCUUCUCUAGUAGCAGAUUUAUCAUCAAGUGGCCCAUUUGGUAUGAACCCUAGCCUCACAUCCACCUGGGAUCAGCAGACAACCUUGGACUCCAAAUAGAAAUUGAUCAUGUGGGGGUGGGUGGUGUUCAUGGACGACAGUCGUUAAAUGCAAAAUAAUGCAUUUAUUUCUUCUCAAAGACAUAUUCUGAAUAAGGUAAAGAGCAUGAUAAAUACUGGAUCUGGGACACCUAUGAUUUGGCAUCCAUGUCGAUGCAUGCUUUGGAGAGAGAUAAAUGGUCACUGCAGAUUCAUAAAGAUGUGUUGUAAGUUCUUGCACAUGCUUAUUCACCUUAUUAUAAGCUACUACAUUUCUGUAUAUCACAAACCUGUGACUCCUGUCAAGUGUUUUCCCACAUAUAUGUACACCAUUCUCUCUCUCUC